AUGUCGACGGAAUAUCCCGGAAUUGCCCAUUCAUUAAUACCGCCAAUCCUCUACAUCAAUUGGGCGGCUGUCGACCAGCUUAAGCAAUUCGUAUCUACUGAAAAAUCACUCGAGCUACUUUCUUCGUCUACGGAUGUUACAUCUUGGGGACUCUGGUACAUGUGGAUCGUACAAUACAAGCUUUGCGCCUGCGAAAAUGAGGCUUUUGCAGUCUACGUCAAGAGGAUGCGCGGCUUGGUUUUCUUGGGCUUCCUUCUACCAUGCAUUACCUCGACGAUCACCUUGGUCCAUGUCUUUGCGACUGUCCUGAAUCCAAGACCAAGUACAGACGACUAUGACGCUGCUGAAUGGAUUUCUAAACACCAUGGAGACUCAGCUGGAAAGAGCAUCUACAAUCUAUUUUGGAUGUCUCUCUUUUGGAUGAAUGGAAUCGUCCAAGCUCAAGCUGCGUGGGAUUUAAUUCGUACUCGACAGGCCAAGGCGAUAAGUUCGGGAUUUGCCUCUCGUCUAACGUCAUCGGGGGCAAUGAUUAUUGGAUUUGCCUUGAUUCUACCGGGUCACCGUCGAGAUUGGCGUGCCGUCCUACCGUGGCUCGCAGCGCGACAUGACAUUGAGAAAUUCCAGGUAUGUUUCUUGAAGCCAUGCUCUUCGCAGAGUCUUCGAGAUUCAGAUCAAGGAUUUUCGUUGUGUUGUGGCCUUUUGCUCUUUGCGUGCGAAGUUGGACCAGACAUGGUAGCCAUCAUCAAAGCUGGGCCGCUGGCUGCUGUCCAAUGGCUGAAAAAUUGGGCAGACGAAGGUUUACGUGUUUCGGAAAAGAGUGAACCUAUCGUGAGUGACGUUGGCCAACCUCAAAGACAAAUCAUUACACCAGCACCAAUAAUCACUAAACCAGCAGCAGCAAUGAUCCGGCCCCAUCGCAAUAUUGUGUAG